AUGGCGGCAAUCGAGAAAGUAAAAGUGGUUGUAUUAGGUGACUCCGGAGUUGGAAAAACUUCGUUGACUUAUUUAAUAGCGCAUAAUAAACCACUAAUAUCGCCAGGAUGGACAGUUGGUUGUUCUGUAGAAGUGAAAUUGCACAGAUACAAAGAAGGAACACAAGCACAAAAUACCUUCUUUGUAGAACUUUGGGAUGUUGGAGGUUCUAAUGGGCAUAGGAAUACUAGGAAUGUUUUUUAUCAACCAACUCAUGGUAUAAUAUUAGUACAUGAUUUAACUAAUAGGAAAAGCCAAGUUAAUUUGCAGAAAUGGCUCACUGAAAUUUUAAAUCAAGAUGGCUCUAAUCCUACCUUACAACAAGUUGAUGUGGACCCAGAACAAUUUCUGGGAUCAACUCAGAUACCAAUUCUGGUCAUAGGAACUAAAUUUGACUUAGCAGAAGAAAAACAAAGGAAAAAUCAAUAUAGAAGACUAUCCAGUAGUAUUGCAGAGCAGUGUGGGGCCGAUGAAAUCUUUGUCAAUUGUUUUCAAGCAAGAUCACUUGCCCCUGGUACCAGUAAUUCUGUGAAGUUAACUCGAUUUUUUGAUAAGGUGAUCGAACGUCGAUAUUAUUCACGAGUAAGCCCAUUUUCAGAUAAAAGGGGUAUACCCCCCUACAUUAUGGCAACAUCUACACCUUUAUCUAAUAAUAGACCCGCGCAAUAUUUAAGUCCACGUUUUUAUCACAUGGAU